UUUCAGCUGCUGGAGGGAGGAGACAGAGCCGGGCUGCUAUAAAACAGGGACAGGACUGUGCAGCAGGCACACAGAGCAGGACAUCCUGAGAGAAGACAGUGGAUCACUGUGGACACAGACCCAAACUAACAAUCCUACAGGACUUCAAACUAGCUGGGCCACAAUGGAGACAGAGAAGAAGACUCAGUCAGCAGCAGAGCAGAUGACGGACAGGGAUUUGUCGGAACAAAUCAAAGAGGUGACCAGGGAGAAUCACGUCAGGGCAGAAAACACGGAGAUGAUGCUGAGCUUCCAGAAAGGACAAGUCACCCUUGAACAAUAUAAGCUCCUCCUGUGUUCGCUGUAUGAAAUCUACCGGGCCUUGGAGGAAGAGCUGAACAGGAACUGCAACCACCCUGGUGUGGCACCCAUUUACUUCCCAACAGAACUGGCCAGACUGGAGUCCAUCGAGAAAGACCUGGAAUUCUUCUACGGCCAGGACUGGAGAGAAAAGAUUGUUGUACCGACAGCCACCAAAAGAUACUGCCACAGACUCCGACAGAUUGGUCAAGAAAACCCGGAAUUUCUACUUGCCCACGCUUACACUCGGUACCUCGGAGACCUGUCCGGUGGCCAGGUCCUGGGUCGAAUCGCCCAGAAGUCCAUGGGGCUGAAGAGCAACGACGGUCUGUUGUUCUUUGCCUUCCCCGGAGUUUCCAGUCCCAACCUUUUCAAGCAGCUCUACCGCAGCCGGAUGAACAGCGUGGAGUUGACGGAGGAGCAGAGGAGCGGCGUGCUGGAGGAGGCCGUCAGAGCCUUCGAGUUGAACAUUCAGGUAUUUGAUGAUUUACAGAAGCUUCUGAGUGUCACUGGGAACCAGCAGCAGAACAGUUCCACACACUCCAAACCAGUGAAGACUCUCCAGAUCCCUGGAAUCAUUACGAACCUCUCCCCUCUGCUGAGGAUUGUACUGGGACUCUUUUUGGCUCUGGCUACUGUCAGUAUGGGAGUCUACACUUUUUAAAGACAAUAUACAACCAACAAAACUUUACACUGGUCUGUUGCUGUUCAGAUUUUUUUAAUUGUGUAAAAUUUUAACUGGCAAAAUAAUGUGCAAUAUUUUUUUAAUUUAAACAGAACCAUAUUUUGUACAUUGUCUUUCUCAGCAACACUUACAAAGUAUGCAAUAACAUGUUAAAUACGCAUAACCGUAAUACUGUAAAUUCUAUUUUUUAAUAAAAUAUUUUGUUGAAAGAAAAUCCUGUGGUUGUCUGUGUUUUGGUUUGCAGUGUUCAUGCAAAAAGUUUCCAUCAAAUGGGUUUCACAGUGUUGAUGUUCGCCCUCCAGCUGUUUUGACAUUUCUAAUAUUUUGGUUUCCGAUUAUGUGCCGGCUGCUCAUCUGGCCCUUGGUCAUGUAUUGGCCCCUGUUUACGAGAUCGCACAAUUACAGAAGUACACACAGUUAUUUUAACCCUCAUUUCUUCAGGGGACUGUUGGACCUUGUAUGCAGUGGUAUGGCCUCUACUGAAUGCUACGCUAGUUAUUAUUUAUCAAUUUCUUAAUGACCCUUUCUUUCAUUUAUUUUGUUGCUUGAUAAACAAAACAGUUCUUACUGUACAGUAAAUUGGUAAAUAAAUAGGUUAGAAAUGGUAAAUCACAGCCCUAAUCUUGAUCACAUGUGGAAGCUGAAGUCAAUACACAGUGUUCCACAUGUUGUGUCACAAUCAAUGCAUGCUGGCAUUCGUAUAAAAAUAAAACAUGACUUCUCUUUCUCCUCAGUGACCUUUUCCUCUUUAAUACAUAUUCAAGAAACAGCACGUUGUCCUUGUGUAAAAGUUUGGUUUCCACUUUUAUCUUGUUUUCAUGUUUUUCCUAAAACCUGUGAACUGGUAGCACACAUUAUAAAUUAAAACACAAAAAUGAUUGUUACCCACCCUCGGCCUGUUUGACAGUGACAGUGUUAAUCAGUACAGUGCUGGUAUCUGUCUCCAAACUGAGGGAUGAAAAAAAACCUCAUGUCAGAAAUGAUUGUACGUCACUGGUAUUAGCUUCGCUCCACCUUCAAAGGCACAGCAGCCUGAGGAAAUCAGAAAUAUCCUCUUAUUGUCACUUUGACUGUCCAAAACUUUACAAAGUUGAAAUUAUGGUUCACAUUCAGGAUACACUCCUGCCCCUCUCUCACCAGUUCACUUGUUUGUGCUUCACCUUAUGCAGUUAGUAUCAGAGAGUACACACGUCUGAUACCAAUAGAUACAAGAAUUGAAUUUGACGGGAGCUGGGAGCUAUGAAAAUGCAUCACCUGCUGUAAUAAGGCCAUUGACACAAAACUAAAUCCAGCAGCUUCGAACUAGAACAAAAUAGGUAACUUCAACAUGUAUAUAACUGACAAGGUAAAUUCACAACGAAACCUUGACAUGCCAUCGAUCUCUACUUACAUCCUCUUAAAACACACACACACACACACACACACACACNNNNCACACACACACACACACACACACACACACACACACACACACACACACACACACACACACACACACACACACACACACACACACACACACAAUCACCUAUGAAGUCUAUGCUACAGAGUGCCGGAUGAGGGGUAUCCCAAGGUGCUUUGAGAGGGACUGCACAGCACAUCUAGUCUUUGCAAUUGUCUCCAACAGUUUAAAAGAAACAAACACAAAGAGCAAAACCCGAGGUGAAGCACAAAGGACAGGAUCCACAUUGUGGAAAGGCCAAAAAAAAAAAGAAGAAAAAAAAAACUGAUUCACAUC